AUGGCGGAAAAGGAAGUUGGAAUGGAAUGCUGGGAAAUUUACGUAGUCGGUUACGACAGAAACGCAUAACCAAAACAUUUAUUUUUAUUUAACUAUUCAGUUGUCAUUUUAUUGCAUUCUCGUACGUUUCACACAACAUAAUAAUCGAAGUAGAUAAGAAUGUCAUUUUUUAAACAAUAAUCAAAUGUUGUGCGUUACCAGGGUGACCGGGGUAAACUACCAAGUAUGCUGCUAGGCUAGCUAAACUAUGCUCGAGUUAAACUACUGGCCUUUUAUUGUCCAUAAAUACAGCUAGUAAACUUCAACACGUUCCGUGGAGACACUGUUCACAGACCACCAGAAUGCCGGUUCCUUUGUCUGGGGUAGAGCUGCUCAGACUGUGUACAGUGCUCCAGGACUGUGCUGCACAGCUGUCAGUGCUGGGUCACAUCAUGCCCGACACCUACAGGGGUCGUCCAGAAGCUGAUAAGUUUGUGUCAGCUGACAUUGGACAGGUCCUUGAACAGCAGAAAGGGGCAGAGCAGAACCUGAAAGCAGCCCGUCAGUUUGAGAGAGAGUCUGGGAGACUGUCAGAUGCCACCCGUGAGCUGCACAGAUCCCAGAAGGAACUGAACCGCACACUAGAGGAGAACCCACUGUCCCCUGACAACCUGGCCAAGGUGCAGAGAGACCGUCAGUUUGUGGCUCACGUGAUUGCAGAUGUGUUGGCAGAGCUGCAAGAGAGAGGGACCUUUCACAGCUUGCUUUUCGCUGUGGGAGAAGAGAAAAGAAGGAAGGCCAACCUCCUGGACAUAAUAAUCAGGGAGGAGGGCGGCCGGCGGAGGACCAAAGCUCUUCAGAGACAGCUGCUUGACAUCCGCAAGGAAAAAACUCUGGAGCUGCAGCGACGCGAGGAGAUGACUGCCCACCUGAAAGACCAACUACAGGAGAUGAAGGCUAAGACUGGCCUGGAGAGGAAGUAUGUGAAGAGCAGCGCAGAGCUGCUGGUGUACCAGGGACAGAAGAUCAACACGCACUCUGAGAAGCAGCUGGAGGAUGAGAUCAGGCUACAGCAGGAGAGGUUGGAGGAGGAGAGGAGAGUUCAUAUGGAGAUGGAGACUUUCCUCAAGGAACAUCAGACAAGUCUGGGGGAGAAGCUGGAGGUGUGGAUGGAGCGCUAUGAGAGAGACAUGGAAGAUAAGCAGCAGGAGCUUAACAGCCUGAGGAACAACAAAGCUAACAAUCUCUCCCAGCUCCAGGAGCUGGCCAAGAAGUACAGAGACAGUGAGCAGGUGGUCAUCGAGGACAGGAUAGAGAAAGAAGCUAUACGCAGGAAGCUGGAGAAGGAACACAUGGAGCGAGACGCAGCCACCAAGAUCCAGUCGUGGUGGAGGGGAACGUUAGUGCGACGCGGCCUGGGCCCCUAUAAGAAAGGCAAGAAGCCCAAGGAGGGCAAGAAGGGAAAGAAGAAAAAGUGAGGUGUCCCUUCAAGAGCUCCAAAAAGUCUCAAUACAGACGUGUUACUUUUCAUCAAUGUUCAAUUCCUGAUUAUACAAUCUAAGUCGACACUUGGCCUGUAGGCGAAUAUAUAUUCAAUGAGAAAAGCUGGCAUGGUCAUUUUGAAUACUACUACCACCAUUGCAAGGUUCUUACUUAUAUGCAGUUUAACACAAGGGCAAGAAUGGUAAUAAACAAGCGUACUCAUGAGACUGAUAUG